AUGUCCUUGGCAGCAACAGCCUUUUCCUUCAGGCUCGCUUCGCCGCCCCCCAUUGGUGGCCGGGGCACCGAAAACUGCACGGGCUGGUGGACAUUUCCGUUUCCGGUGCUGAAUCCCUGGGUUCAGUGUCUCCAGCUGUGGUUGUGCUUGUGCGCUCGGUGGUUGGUGUCUAGGAAACGAUAUGUUCUUACCUCUGUGGAGUCGGUGGCUCCAGAAACGGCAAGGGAGGACUCCGACGGGGCCGAGCAGCGGGGGAACCGGUCGCCAGGAUCCCAGGGAGUCCCGAGGUCCGCCUUCGAUUGCGGAGUUGUUCCACCAAAGCGGCCCUUCCUGGUGUGGCCGGGGCAACCGGCCGCCCGGGAAAUGAUGAUGGGCCUGCAGUACCUACGUAGGUCAGUCUCUGGCCCUGGGGAGGAGAAGACCAACUAUCCUGCAGUCCCCAGAGCCUUCGAGUGCCAGGAGUGUGGAUUGUCCGCAGCCUACCUCCCUCACUUCAUUCACCACCAAAGCAGCCAUGGGGGCGACAAGCCCUAUUGCUGCCCGGAGUGUAGCAAAAGCUUCCGACGUGGCUCAGAUCUGGUUAAGCAUCACCGGGUACACAGUGGCGAGAAACCGUACCCCUGUCCUGAGUGUGGCCGUUGCUUCAGCCUGAGCUCCAACCUCAUCCAACACCGUCGCUCUCACUCAGGCCUCCAGCCCCAUAAAUGUCUGGAGUGCGGGGAGGCUUUUGGCCGCAGCUCGGACCUGGUUAAACACCAACGGGUGCACGCGGGUGAGAAGCCUUACACCUGAGCUGAGUGUGGUAAGACUUUCAGCGUUAGCUCCAACCUGAUCCAGCACCAGCGCACGCACACGGGCGAGAAGCCCUACCCCUGCGGGGACUGCGGCAAGCGCUUCAGCCUGAUCUCCAACCUGGUGCAGCACCAGCGCUCACACACGGGCCAGAAGCCCUUCCGCUGUGCCUGGUGUGGUGACAGCUUUGGACUUAGCUCUUCUCUGCUCAAGCACCAGCGAUCGCACACUGGGGAGAAGCCCUACAGUUUCUGUGAGCGUGGCGAGAACUUCACCAACAGCUCGGACUGCCUACAGCACCAGCGCACCCACAGUGGAGAGCGGCCCUUCAAGUGUCCUGAGUGUGGUCGUGGUUUCAGUGAGCACACCCAGUUCACCGAGCACCGGCGUGUUCACAUGGGUGAACGACCCUAUGCCUGCCCAGAAUGUGGCAAAUCCUUCUCCCACAGCGCCAAGCUCCUUAAACACCAACGCUCGCACACAGGCGAGAAGCCCUAUAAGUGCCCCAGCUGCAGCAAGAGUUUUGGAGACAGUUCACAUCUGCUGCGGAACCAACACACUCACAGGGGCCAGAAGCCUUACGCUUGCGGCGAGCAUGGCAAGAGCUUCCGCCAGAGCUCCCACCUGCUCAUCCACCAGGUGGCGCACAGCGGAGAGAAGCCCUACGUCUGCCUGCAGUGUGGCAAGGCCUUCGCCCGCAGCUCCAACCUGGGCCAGCACCAGCGGACGCUGCAGGGGCGCAGCCCCUGCCAGUAUCCCUGGCUUAAGUUGCAGCCCAGACUUCAGCUCUGACUUUGGUCCAGUCCUCAAGGAGCCUGAGGGGACCAGCAUUUCUCAGAAGACCUCACUUCUGCUCCUCUAGGGCUGCUGAUUAGUGGGCUGAAUCAGGGAACCCCAGGCUGGAGGAAUCGGAACAGAAAAGUGGGCUUAGGCCUGUUCUCUGAGGCCCUGGAGAUGGGAUUCCAGCUGGAGGGAGAGUUUGGGGAUGGCAAGAGCUGGCCCAGCUGCUUUAAGAUGCAGAACACCUUUGGCAGCCUAGGUGUGUCCCUUCACAGGCCUAGGGAGUGAUGGGGCUAAUCACACCAAUAGCAACAGUUACCUCAGCCCAGGGGAUCGGGGCUCAACGGCAGGCAAGACCCCAUGAGGAGCACAGUAGGGGAAGAGGGGGUCAGGGAGGUCCUCACCUCCAGAGGGUACCAUAAGGCAGGCUGUGUUCUAGCACAAGGAUCAGAGUUUGAAUUUGGGGCCAUUAGGUGAGCUCUGGGGUGUAUGACCCCUUUGCAAGAGAGCUGUCUUUACAGGGUGAAGCUGGUGGGGCCCAGGGCCAAAGCAAAGGACCGGGAGGCCUGUCUGUUGAGUUUGGGGGGUGCCCGGUGACAUUUCUAGGCAAGGGCAGAAGGCCCGAGGUUGGUCGUCUGCCCCUUCCUCUUCUUUAGCCUCUUCCCUCACAGGUUCCCCAGGCUUUUUCUCUGAUCCCUCAACAGAGGAGAAAAUGCGAAGAUUCACUUGUGCCCGGACACUGGGGACUGGACAUGGUCCAUUUUGCCAGGGCGCUGGGGCUGGCUGCCUCCGUAAACAAAUGUGUUUCUGUUGGUAAAACUUAAAGUAUAUGGGAGCCAGAGGGAGGUUUCCCAAAGCACUGCACAAUGUGUGCCCAGAGCAGAGUCUAAGCUGUGAGGCCCUGCUCUCCCCGCCGUAGCUGGCUGUGUUCCUGGGAGAGGCACAGAAUGUAGCCCUUAGGAGGUUGGGGGAGGCCUAAUGCCCACCCCAUGGGAUCAUGAGC